UUCCAUCCCCGGCCUUUCUUUAUUCCCCAGCAUAUGCCGGGUACUAAUUUUACCUACCACGGAUGGAUGGAAGGCUGAGUGGACCUCGACCCCUUUUACCGGAGAUUUGACUUCCUCCUUCCAUUGGAAUCGAACUCCGGCCGUGUCUACUGGGAAGUAAAAAACCACGCGACGACGCCCAAGUAAGCCUGCACAGGCUUGCAGCCCCAUCCAACGCCCGGGAUGCGUCUACUCGGAAAGAGCUCCAGCAGAGACCUCGGGGCAUGUGGUUGGAUUCUGGUCAGCCUUUCGUUCUUGUUUGCCCUUUUGACUUUUCCCAUCUCCAUGUUUCUGUGCUUACAGAUUGUCAUGGAAUAUGAGAGAGCUGUUAUCUUUAGGCUGGGACACAUCCAAAAAGGAGGUGCGAAAGGGCCCGGUAUCUAUUUCAUCUUCCCAUGCAUAGACAAUGUUAUCACUGUGGACAUGAGGACGGUAUCAUUUGAUAUAGCCCCCCAGGAAAUUCUUACCAAAGAUUCAGUGACAGUUCUUGUGGAUGGUGUGGUUUAUUACCGAAUUCAGAAUGCCAUCCUUUCUGUAGCGAAUGUCGUCUAUGCACACCCGGCCACUCGGCUCCUGGCUCAGACUACCCUGAGGAACGUUCUGGGGACAAAGAACCUCGCUCAGAUCCUCUCUGACCGGGAAGAGAUUGCACACAGCAUGCAGGCCACGCUAGACGAUGCCACGGACGACUGGGGCAUCAAGGUGGAGCGAGUGGAGAUCAAGGAUGUCAAGCUGCCCCUCCAGCUCCAGAGAGCCAUGGCUGCCGAAGCAGAAGCCACCCGCGAAGCGAGAGCCAAGGUCAUUGCGGCGGAGGGCGAAAUGAACGCCUCCAAGGCCCUGAAGGAAGCCGCCGUCGUCAUCACGGAGUCUCCCGCGGCCCUCCAGCUUCGCUACCUGCAGACCCUGACCACCAUCGCGGCCGAGAAGAACUCCACCAUCGUCUUCCCGUUGCCCAUGGAUAUGCUGCAGAGCCUCAUGGGAAUGAAGCAUUAGUGGCAGACGUUGAUGCAGGAGGAGAGAGCGGUUCAUGGGAGCCCCGGACUUACUUUAAAAAUGUGUCGGACAGAGGAGCAUUUGUUUGUUGGAUUUGUUAAAACAAGUGGUUUUUUUUUAUUGCCUUUUCAUUUUUCCUCUUCCCAAACAUGAAUAAAAAUGUCAAUAUAAAUACA